AUGGCGGAAAAAGCCGGGGCGCCGCCUGACAUCGUGGAGCGGCCUGGCAACAAGGAGUGUGCGGAUUGCAAGGCUUACGGGCCGAAUUGGGCAUCUUGGAAUCUGGGCAUCCUCAUUUGCGAGACAUGCUCUGGAGUUCACAGAAACCUGGGCACCCACAUCUCCAAGGUGAAGUCCACGAAGCUUGACAAGUGGAAGCCAGAGCAGGUGAUUCCUUGCCGGAAGAUCGGCAACGAGGUCUCCAAUGCCUUUUACGAGUAUGACGUGCCGCCAGGCACCAAGUACGUGGCGAGCGUGAAGAGCUCCGGAGGCGACAAGAUUGAUCCUACGGAGGCCCGAAAGCUGGAGCGCUGGAUCCGUGCCAAGUACGAGGCGAAGAAGUACGCUCGUCCGGGUGUGGAUCCCCCGCACGUCCGCCUGGAAAGAGGCGAGUCACUCACUGAUGCGCAGGUGGAAGGCACAAGCCCCAGCAAGAAGGAAGGAAAAGAGAAGAAGGAGAAAAAGUCCAAGGAGCCGAAGGAGCCGAAGGAGGCGAAGGAGGCAAAGGGGAAGUCGCCAAAGAGAAAGGAGAAGCACUCCAAAGCUGAGGCUCGAGGGGAGAUGGAUGGCUCCUUCGCAGAGUUGGAGCAGUGGGCCACAGCGCCAAAGAAGGAGAGCCACGGGGCCUUCAAUGUGGGCUUCGAUGGCGUGGGCAUUGUGCUGAGCGGCCCGGCAAUUGAUACGCUGACGUGGACAGUGGUAAGGUACGCGCAGGCCUAUGAGCCACAAGGUAGCUUUCUGGCAUUCGGGCCCUACCAUGACGACCGCACCUGGAACCUCAUGCGGAACAGCGCCAAUUUGGAACGCAUCCAGGUUCCUUUGGAGGAGCCCAGCCACUUCGGCCUCUACAUGCUCUCCUCUUCCAAGCGGCCUGCGCCACCUGCGCCAGCCGUGCUGUUUGUGCCGGGCCAUGGGGGGUCCUGGAAGCAAGGCAUUAACCUUUGCGCUUACCUGGCCAAGAAGGAUGCCCUCCACUACUACGCUGCAGACUUCCAUGCGUCUGCUUCGGCCUUGCACUCCUCGGUCGUGACCUCCCAGGCUCUCUUCACAGCGAAGGCUAUUGAACGCAUCCGGAAGUUGCACUCAGGUCCGCUGGUGCUGCUGGGCCACUCCAUGGGUGGGAUCGUGGCCUUGCGGGCCAUAGCAAUGGGAGCAGCAAGGCCGGAUGCGGUCUUGCUGGUGUCGGCGCCCUUGCAGCCGCACCCUUUGCUGCUGGAACCCCGAUUUCAGGCUGUCCAGCCGGUGAGCUUUAGCUGGGACUUGCGCUUGGUGUCAGUGUCAGGCGGCCCCACGGAUCCGCUGGUGCCCAUGCACACGGCGAGGCCCAGGACGGGCGUAUUCCAGCCCUUGCCAGGGGCUCGUGACGUCUACGCGUCCUUCAGCCACGUGAAUUUGCUCUUCUCACGGCACAGUCUGCACUUCUUGGCGCAGCUGCUGCGGGGCUUGGCGAAGCGGGAGGAAUUGAAAUCGAGCCCCUGGCGACAGCUUCUGAACUCUUCGACCUCGACACCUUUGCCAGCGCCGGAGGCCUUCAGCUCCCAGUCCAUGGGUGGCGAGGCGGUCCCAUUGAGCCGGCUGGAUCAGACACAGCUCUUUCCGAGGAGCGGAGGUGUGUUUAGCUUUCUGCUCAUGGAGGAGCCGAAGCCGAUACGCCGGCAGCCUGAGAGCAGCACACGAGGGGAGACCUUUGACCCCGCAGACCGGCUGAAUUGCAGUGAAGCUGUGCUGGCCUGGGAGGAUGAAAAGGCGUCCUGGCGGCAGGUGGAGGCCAUCUCCAUGCAGUUCCCAGUGAAGGCAUGUUUGCUGCAGCUGCAGCCUCCCGGCGAGGCAACACGCGUGGUGCUAACGCCUCCUGCCAAAGCACGGCGAGUGGGCUGGGCACACUGGCAUGCGGACCCUUUGCAGGAGCCUCUGCGAUGCGGCAGCAGCAGCCUAGGCCCAGUGCUGUCUUGGCUUCUGAUGACUUGGAGGCCACUGAGAUGCUUCCUUCCAGCGGGCCGAGGAGUCGUUGCGCGGCUGGUGUUGCCCUUGCCGCGUUCCAGCACACUCCCGGUGGACUUCCGGCUGGAGGCAAAUGCAACAUCCACGGGCUGGGCAGCGCCUUUGCUGCUGGCCACAGCGGGUUCCUCUGAGGAUGUGAGGAUCGGUGCGCUGCUACAUGCGCCCAAGCAGGGCUCCUGGGCAUCGGAGUCUGCGGAGAACAUCUGGGCCCCCCGCUUUGUGUCUGAGGAGGAGGAGUUCGCAGUCUUUGCGCUCGGGUAUCCAGACCUUGAGCUCGUGCUGGAGGUGCGGGGCAAUGUUUUCUCCUUGCUGGCGGAGCUUUUCCGAAGCGCUCACCUGGGCCGCCUCAGCGGCGCCUGGCUGGGCGCCUGCGGCGCCUGGAGUGCUGCUGAGCUUGCCAGGCGGAAAUGGACCUUUGUCACUGCAUGGUUGUUCGGCUCCUUGAUGCUUGAGUUGGCACAGGCGCCCGCCCUGCAGCUUCCCUUUCGUGUGGCCCUCAGCCUUCUGGGCCUUAGUCUUGCCUACACGCUGGGGCCUCAGAGAAAGUUCUGA